AAGGCUCCUUCUACUGUCCUUGAGCGCGUGUGUUGCUCUUCUCUUCCUUACAACCACCAUUCUAGGCUGCCGAGAGUAGGUGUCAGCACAGCAGUAGCCCGUUCUUUUUUCACUUACCAUCGCAAGAAGCGUCUGCAGGGCAGGAAGGAAGGAAGGAAGGACCUGUUGCCUGGGGCAGGCAGAGCCUUGAGCAAGUGCAGUGGACGUUUGUUUGUUUGUGUCAAGGACUUGCCCACCGCAGGAGCACUCCACUCACGGCGGUCAGCGACAUGCAUCACAACAGACCGAGAGGGAGACGAUACGCCCCAUGCACGUAUGGCUGGAUUCUUCCUUCUGUGGUUAACUGCUUUCAGGUGUUGAUGAUGCCGCUCUAAGUCAUGCUCUAUCGAUUGCAGCAGCUUGUGAGCAUCUUGAGCAAGGCUAACAGCAUCCAUGGCCGCCUCACCACCGUCGCCUACGCCCUCUACCUCGCGUAUGGCGCGACGUCGUACGUGUACCGGCGAUACGAGCGGUGCCAGCGCAAGAUCCGACACAAGGACCGGCAUCUCCAGCUGCGGUACAUCAAGGAAGAACUGAAGGACGAGAUGCAGGGCGUCUAUGCACUUGCCCGCUCAAGAAUGCGGACGCGCAUCGAGUCGGCUCGGGUGUGCUACCAGACGUCCCGCCAGCUGUGGGCGAGCUGGCGGAGGAGCCGUAAGAAGCGACUGAUGAGGGAGCAGCAGCUGGCACAGGCACGCGCCGAGAGGGGGUGGGAGGAGGGAGGAGAGUGGGUACUGCUAUGAGAGAGGGACGAAUGGAUGGAUGGAUGGAUGGACAGACAGACAGACAGACAGACAGAGACGUGUACAUGACACGAUCGAUGUGAUUGAAGCAUGUAUGGUAUGUAUGGUAUGCACACGUGGCUGAAUGAAUGAAUCAUGACUGUUUGAGAGGUACAAUUUAUUUGUCUGUGCACAGCACACGUGUGUCAAAAGCAGGAAAGGCGGGCGGGCAGAGAAACCGGCCGUUUAUGGCCGAGUCGAGUCGAGCCUGCCUUUGCAAUCGGUGCAUUGACGCGUUCGUGUUGUGUCCCCUGCCUCCGUGCCUUGUCUUGUCUGUCUGUCUGUCUGUCGGUCACUCCUCUGACUGUGUACGAACGUACUUACCAGUGAUAUGCACUGACUGAUACCCAACAAGCCUGCCUGCCUGCCUAUCUCUGUCUGUUCAUUCAUCAUUGUAUAAAUGUAUGUCUGUAUGCCAUGGCCUUGGCGUGUCAAGUGAGUGGCUUUAUGGCGGCUCGGCUUGUGUAGGAUAGCUAGAUGAACGACCGACUGAUGGAUUGCCGAUGGUCGGUCGGUUUUUGCAGAUGAACGACAGACACAUAUCUAUCUAUCUAUCUGCGUGCGUGUGCUGCGUGCAUGUCUUGAUGAAUUGCGUCGAUCACACAUGGACGACUGCAGUGCCAGCUAAAGGUUC